AUGGGCGUGGUUAAAAUAAAAUCGCUCGCCAGAAGUUUUGUAUGGUGGCCUGGUAUCGAUCAUGAACUAGAGGAAGUUACAAAGCGAUGUACCGGAUGCCAGGCUAACAGAAACAUGCCUAUAGCAGCCCCAGUUCAUCCAUGGGAGUGGCCCCAAGGACCAUGGAAAAGGGUGCAUGCAGACUUCGCAGGACCAUUUGAGGGGAAAAUGUUCUUCCUCUUAGUGGACACACAUUCUAAGUGGCCAGAGGUGAUUGAAAUGUCAGCAACCUCAAGUGAACAAACCUUUGAAAUAUUGAGGAAUGUAUUUGCGAGGAAUGGGUUGCCAGAACAGUUGGUAACGGACAAUGGUCCGCAGUUUAUCACACAUACAUACAAAUGGUUUAUGGAAGCCAACGGCAUUCGACAUACAACUUCUGCCCAGUAUCAUCCAAGGCCAAACGGCCUGGUGGAACGGUUCGUUCAAACCUUUAAGCAGGCUAUGAGGGCAUCAAGAGCACAGCAUAGUUCGUUACGAAAGAGGCUGUCAACGUUUCUGCUCAAUUAUAGAUCAACUCCGCAAACCACAACCCAAGAAACAGCUGCAAAGUUGUUCUUAGGCAGAGAGCAUUAA